GGAGUGUCCCGUUCUGUAGCCAAGAUGUGGCUGUCCGUGUCCAUCCUGUGUGUCCUGGUGGCCUUCGCCAAUGCUCGCAGCGUUCCUUACUUCCCUCCUCUCUCCACGGACUUGGUCAACCACAUAAACAAGCUCAACACCACCUGGAAGGCAGGGCACAACUUCUACCACGCUGACAUGAGCUAUGUGAAGAAACUCUGUGGUACCUUCCUGGGUGGGCCCAGGCUCCCCGAGAGGGUAGAUUUUGCUGCAGACAUGGAGCUGCCCGAUAACUUCGACUCAAGGACGCAGUGGCCUAACUGUCCUACCAUCAGUGAGAUAAGAGACCAGGGCUCUUGUGGCUCUUGCUGGGCUUUUGGUGCCGUAGAAGCGAUUUCAGACAGAAUCUGCGUUCACACAAACGCCAAGGUGAGCGUGGAGGUCUCGGCGGAGGACUUGCUGUCGUGCUGCGGCUUCGAGUGCGGCAUGGGGUGCAACGGUGGUUACCCCUCUGGCGCAUGGAGGUACUGGACAGAGAGGGGCCUCGUGUCUGGGGGUCUCUACGAUUCCCAUGUGGGUAAGUCCUGGCAG